UUUCUAUUUUUUCAUUAGUUAGAACCAUGACCGACUUUAAUGUGGUCAAGUUUAGCAAUUACGAGGAUUAUCUCAGGUCGUUUGCCAUAGUCCAGGACUAUCGCUAUUUGCCAUGCCAUAAGACAGUUAGAACGGUCACGAAGCUCGGCUAUCGCGACAAUGGCAAUGUUUACACCGAGGAUCAGUUUCUAGUGGCCAAGCAACAAGUGGAAUCGCUGCUGCGUCCAUCAGUCGUGAUGCAUGCAUUCUACAGUCAUUAUUUGAAGGGCGAUGAUCCGGCUCUGGUGGCGCUGGCCGAGCGCGAGGCUCCCAAUGUGCAGCAGCAGAUCUCGACUAUAAUAUUCCUGGAGAUACAUCAGAAAAGCGGCUUUGCCAUAUCCGGUUAUAUAGACUAUGAGGCAAGUCUGCGCAACUACCGACUCGACGGACCCAACGCCGUCAAUUGGCGUGCUAUCUUUCAGACGCGGAAACUACUGCGUCCCCAGCCCUCUGACAUUGUCUUCUAUGACUGGCGCAGCCGCAAGAUCUUCGCCAACGACAAUGACAACUACACCACUGUGGCCCAUCCCGAGCAUGGUCUUCUCUUCAUACACAAAGGCGAUCACAAGUUUAUUCCGGUAACCAACAGAAAGAACCCUUUCAGCAGCAAUGUCAGGCGCACCAUGAUUAAGUCAAAAUUGUAUGGCUUCAUGACAUUUUACGAUCACACUGUCCGUAAGAAAACUUAGAACUAGCCUAGGAACCAUUGCAAAUAUUAUUCGAGUGCAUUACAAUUAUUUUAGAAGAGAAAGCAUAACAGAGUUUUAG